CUGCGCCUGCGCAUGAGGUGACGGCCGGCGCUUGCGCAUCGCGUGCACACUAUUCCUUUUCGCCUUGGCAACAGGGCUGUCUGUCGCCUCGCUUCCCACAGCCGCUGAGUCUCAGUGUUGCUUCUGGCGCGAUGCAAGGGGAGGACGCGCGGUACCUCAAAAGGAAGGUAAAAGGAGGAAAUAUUGAUGUUCAUCCAUCAGAAAAAGCACUUAUUGUUCACUAUGAAGUCGAAGCUACCAUUCUUGGGGAAAUGGGAGAUCCUAUGCUGGGAGAACGCAAGGAAUGUCAAAAAAUUAUUCGGUUGAAGAGUCUCAAUGCAAACACAGACAUUUCUUCCCUGGCUCGGAAAGUGGUGGAGGAAUGCAAGCUUAUUCACCCCUCCAAACUAGCAGAAGUGGAACAAUUGCUCUAUUAUCUACAGAACCGUAGAGAUACUUCAUCUGCAAAAGAAAAAAAAGAAAAAUCCAGUAAGCCAAAAGAUCCACCACCUUUUGAAGGGAUGGAGAUUGAUGAAGUAGCAAAUAUCAAUGACAUGGAUGAAUAUAUUGAGUUACUUUAUGAAGAUAUUCCUGAUAAGGUCCGUGGUUCUGCACUUAUUCUGCAACUGGCCAGAAAUCCUGAUAACUUGGAAGAACUUCUGCUUAACGAAACUGCAUUGGGUGCUUUGGCCAGAGUUCUGCGAGAAGACUGGAAACAAAGUGUAGAACUUGCUACUAAUAUAAUUUAUAUUUUCUUCUGCUUCUCUAGCUUUACUCAGUUUCAUGGACUCAUCACUCACUAUAAAAUUGGAGCUCUCUGCAUGAACAUUAUUGAUCAUGAGUUGAAAAGACAUGAGCUUUGGCAGGAAGAACUCACCAAGAAGAAGAAAGCUGUUGAUGAAGAUCCUGAUAAUCAAACCCUGAAGAAAGAAUGUGAAAAAACUUUUAAGAAGUACCAGGGGCUGGUUGUCAAGCAAGAACAGCUACUUCGAGUUGCUCUUUAUUUGUUGCUGAAUCUGGCGGAGGACACUCGCACUGAGCUGAAGAUGAGAAACAAGAAUAUUGUCCACAUGUUGGUUAAAGCUCUGGACAGAGAUAAUUUUGAAUUGCUGAUACUUGUGGUAUCAUUUUUGAAGAAACUCAGCAUUUUUAUGGAAAACAAAAAUGACAUGGUUGAAAUGGAUAUAGUUGACAAACUAGUGAAAAUGGUGCCCUGUGAACAUGAAGACCUGCUGAACAUCACUCUCCGCCUUUUACUGAACCUUUCUUUUGACACAGGCUUGAGAAAUAAGAUGGUACAAGUUGGUCUUCUUCCAAAACUCACUGCAUUGCUGGGAAAUGAAAGUUAUAAACAAGUGGCCAUGUGUAUCCUGUAUCACAUAAGUAUGGAUGACCGUUUUAAAUCAAUGUUUGCAUACACUGACUGUAUACCUCAGCUAAUGAAGAUGCUGUUUGAAUGUCCUGAUGAACGUGUUGACCUGGAGCUCAUUUCCUUUUGCAUUAACCUGGCUGCUAAUAAGAGGAAUGUACAGCUUAUUUGUGAAGGAAAUGGACUGAAGAUGUUGAUGAAGAGAGCGCUGAAAUUUAAGGACCCCUUAUUGAUGAAAAUGAUUAGGAACAUCUCUCAACAUGAUGGGCCAACCAAAACUUUGUUUAUUGAUUAUGUUGGUGACCUAGCUGCUCAAAUAUCUAAUGAUGAUGAAGAGGAAUUUGUUAUAGAAUGCUUAGGAACUCUGGCAAAUUUGACCCUGCCUGAUUUGGAUUGGGAACUUGUGCUGAAGGAAUAUAAAAUGGUACAAUAUCUCAAAGAUAAAUUAAAGCCAGGUUCUGCAGAAGAUGACCUUGUGUUGGAAGUGGUAAUAAUGAUUGGAACUGUAUCUAUGGAUGACUCCUGUGCAGCACUGCUGGCUAAAUCUGGAAUUAUUCCAGCACUUAUUGAACUCUUAAAUGCUCAACAAGAAGAUGAUGAAUUUGUGUGCCAAAUCAUUUAUGUGUUCUACCAAAUGGUCUUUCAUCAAGCCACAAGAGAUGUAAUCAUCAAGGAGACUCAGGCUCCAGCAUAUCUUAUAGACCUGAUGCAUGAUAAAAAUGCUGAAAUCCGUAAAGUCUGUGAUAAUACACUGGACAUAAUAGCGGAGUACGAUGAGGAGUGGGCUAAGAAGAUCCAGAGUGAAAAAUUCCGGUGGCACAACUCCCAGUGGCUAGAAAUGGUUGAAAGUCGGCAGUUGGAUGAAAAUGAGCAGUAUCUGUAUGGGGAUGAACCUAUUGAGCCCUACAUCCAUGAAGGCGACAUUUUAGAACGGCCUGAUCUUUAUUACAACGCUGAAGGACUGCUAACACAUGAUGGAGUAGUGAGUCCUGAUUUUUACAGUGAUUAUCAUCUUCAGAAUGGAGAUCUUGUGGGUCAGCAUCCUUUCCCUAGCAGUGUUGCAAUGGAUGGAUCUGGCCAGCCUGUGGGUAUCCCAAGUCGCCCGACCACCGCGUAUGGAUAUCGACCAGAUGACCCUUUCUGUUACAACUAUGGAACACGAUAAAACCUUACUGUUACCACUUCGGAGGCUGAUGUAUUAAACUUCUUAUAUCUGUAGCUAAAUUAAGACUUUUUCUUAGUAAUGCAUGAUUCUACUGUUUUAAAGAUCAAUGUGAUACACUCUCUUUAGUAUUCACUGUUCUAGAUAAAUGUUGAUCAUUUAGUUACUCUUACCCACAUUUGUCUGUUGUACAGUUUCUAUCAGAUGUUGGAAACUACUAACUGAAAAGUUAAACACUGUUAUGGUAUGAUGUGAUAUGUUAAUUUAAUUAUUAUUUAAAGCUAAAUAUGUAGUCCGUGGUAUUGACUACCCAGGCUCGCUAGCUGUAUUAACUAGAGUUGUGAAAAUGUUUAUCUUUUUUUUUAAUAAAAUGUACUUGAAAAAGA